AUGGAUGGUUUAUCGGAAGCGGCGAGCGUUAUCGCGGUCAUUCAACUAACGGGAAGCCUUGUGAAGCUUUGCGGGGGCUACAUUCAAGAGGUUAAAGAUGCACGAGAAAAAAUUUUCACCCUACAACAGGCGAUUUCAGGCCUCCAAGGGACAAUCCAAGACCUGCAGAAAUUCCUUCAAAGUAACGACGGAAAGGCCCUACGUACCUCCUCACAACUAGACCGCGAUAUUGCCGAUUGCAUCUCCGACCUCCGAGCCUUAGAAGCGAGACUUGAUCCAGGAAAAGGAAAGAAGUUAAUGAGCAAGAUGGGAUUACGAGCCUUAAAGUGGCCCCUGAAACGCACACAGGUGGAGGGCGUUAUUCAGAACAUCGAGAGAUAUAAGUCUUUAUUCCUCUUAUCUUUACAGGUGGAUCAAACCCUGCAUAGUUCUCUGAUGGUCAGCGUGGUCCAAGGUAUGGAUCUUGGGAAGUUGGAAGGUGCGAUGGAGGCAGGGUUUGAGUCAUUCUCCGACCGAGACGAAGUCCAAUGUCUCCAAGGCACUCGGACCCAGCUUCUACAGCAGAUAAUGGAUUGGGCUAUGUCGCCGUCCCAAAAAAGCAUUUUCUGGUUAAAGGGAAUGGCUGGGACAGGAAAAUCCACAAUAUCUCGGACUGUGGCAAGGUCGCUCAAGGACACUAAUUAUCUAGGUGCCAGCUUCUUCUUUAAGAGGGGUGAAGGGGACCGAGGGAACGCGAAGAAGUUUUUCCCGACAUUAAUAAGGCAACUGAUGCUUAUGAUUUCUGAGCUGAGGUCUGGUGUGCACAAGGCACUCCACGAUGACCCUGACAUUAUAUCAAAAUCGUUGAGGGAGCAGUUUGAGAAACUACUCCUUCAACCGCUGCUCGAUCUUGACCAACUCGGCCGACAACCUCAAACCGCUGUGAUAGUGAUCGACGCUUUGGACGAAUGCGAACAUGACCAAGAUGUCCGAAACAUCAUUCGAUUACUGGCUCUUCUACAGAAGGCAAAAUCGGUUCGUCUUCGGAUCUUCUUGACUAGCAGACCCGAACUCCCAAUCAGCCUCGGCUUUUCAGAGAUCGCGGCUCAUGGGUAUCAGGAUCUAGCUCUACAUGAGAUACCCGAAGAAGUGACGGAACAUGACAUACAUUUAUUCCUGCAGGACCGAUUUGCGAGAAUCAAACAUGACAGAAAUAUUUCCCAAGACUGGCCGGGCGAUGACGUCAUCCAAAAAUUGGUCACGAUGUCCGUUCCAUUGUUUAUUUCGGCUGCCACGGUGUGCCGUUACAUCGAAAAUGCAAAAUGGGAAUCCAAAUUGCGCCUCGCAGAGCUUCUAACGGACCAAGCUAAAUAUAUAUCGAAAAUGGAUAAGACUUACCUGCCAAUUUUGACGCGACUACUGGACGAUCAAGAGAGUGAUGAAUCGGAGCAGCAGCAGCUCCUGCAAGAGUUCCAGGACAUAGUCGGUGUCAUAAUCCUUCUCGCUGAUCCACUUUCUAUCAAUGCCCUGUCGCUGUUUCUUGAGAUAGGAGCAGACCAGAUCAGCAAUCGAUUGGAUUUAUUCCGCUCUGUUUUGAGCAUUCCCGGUGACCGAGAUCGGCCUGUUAGGAUUCUACAUCUAUCAUUUCGGGAUUUUUUGGGCGACGAUAAUUCUGUAAUAUCGAAUUUUCUGCAUGAUGGAACGCGCUUUGUUCUGAAAAACCACCAGAUAGCCAACGAAGCACCGCUCCAGAUUUAUUGCGCAGGGCUAGUCUUUAUACCUCGAACGACAAUAAUUCGCAGAGAGUUCAAGUCGGAGCUUCCAAGUUGGAUAUGCCAGUUCCCACAAGUUAAUGAAAAAUGGAGUGCAGAAUUACAGACUCUCGAGGGCCAUUCGGGCCUGGUCAGCUCGGUGGCCUUCUCGCCCGACGGCCGGCUGCUGGCGUCCGUCUCUUGGGAUAACACAGUGCGGCUCUGGGACACGGCGACGGGCGGCCUCCAGCAGGCUCUCGAGGGCCAUUCGGACUGGGUCAACUCGGUGGCCUUCUCGCCCGACGGCCGGCUGCUGGCGUCCGGCUCUUACGAUAACACCGUGCGGCUCUGGGACACGGCGACGGGCGGCCCGCAGCAGACUCUCGAGGGCCAUUCGGACUGGGUCAACUCGGUGGCCUUCUCGCCCGACGGCCGGCUGCUGGCGUCCGGCUCUGGGGAUAACACAGUGCGGCUCUGGGACACGGCGACGGGCGGCCUCCAGCAGGCUCUCGAGGGCCAUUCGGGCCCGGUUUCCUCGGUGGCCUUCUCGCCCGACGGCUGGCUGCUGGCGUCCGGCUCUGGGGAUAACAUAGUGCGGCUCUGGGACACGGCGACGGGCGGCCUGCAGCAGGUUCUCGAGGGCCAUUCGGGCUGGGUUUCCUCGGUGGCCUUCUCGCCCGACGGCCGGCUGCUGGCGUCCGGCUCUGGGGAUAAGACCGUGCGGCUCUGGGACACGACGACGGGUGGCCUGCAGCAGGCUCUCGAGGGCCAUUCGGGCCCGGUUUGGUCGGUGGCCAUCUCGCCCGACGGCCGGCUGCUGGCGUCCGGCUCUGGGGAUAUGACCGUGCGGCUCUGGGACACGGCGACGGGCAGCCUCCAGCAGGCUCUCGAGGGCCAUUUGGGCUGGGUCAACUCGGUGGCCUUCUCGCCCGACGGCCGGCUGCUGGCGUCCGGCUCUGGGGAUAACACAGUGCGGCUCUGGGACACGGCGACGGGCGGCCUGCAGCAGGCUCUCGAGGGCCAUUCGGGCCCGGUUUCCUCGGUGGCCUUCUCGCCCGACGGCCGGCUGCUGGCGUCCGGCUCUUACGAUAACACCGUGCGGCUCUGGGACACGACGACGGGCGGCCUGCAGCAGGCUCUCGAGGGCCAUUCGGGCCCGGUUUGGUCGGUGGCCUUCUCGCCCGACGGCCGGCUACUGGCGUCCGGCUCUGACGAUAUGACCGUGCGGCUCUGGGACACGACGACGGGCGGCCUGCAGCAGGCUCUCGAGGGCCAUUCGGGCCCGGUUUGGUCGGUGGCCUUCUCGCCCGACGGCCAGCUGCUGGCGUCCGGCUCUGGGGAUAAGACCGUGCGGCUCUGGGACACGACGACGGGCGGCCUGCAGCAGGCUCUCGAGGGCCAUUCGGGCCCGGUUUCCUCGGUGGCAUUCUCGCCCGACGGCCGGCUGCUGGCGUCCGGCUCUGGGGGUAAGACCGUGCGGCUCUGGGACACGGCGACGGGCGGCCUGCAGCAGACCUUGAACACUAAGGGAAUCGUCAACGAACUCGCCUUUUCUCAAGAGGGUCCAUAUCUAAUCACUAACUUGGGCACCCUUGAUGUUCAGUCCGGGCACGAAAAUCUUGCUUCUAAUUCAACCCGCAAGAAUCCGGCGAUCUGCAUUGAGCAAGGGCGGUGGAUAAACAUGAACGGCAAAAAUGUACUAUGGCUUCCUCCUGACUUUCGGUCUAGAUGUUCCGCGAUUAAUGGGGAUUCACUUGCCUUAGGACACGUAUCAGGGCGGGUUUCUUUCCUACGAUUUCGUCUAUAG